AUGGCGGCUCGAAAGCUUCAGCAGGAGGUUGAUAAGUGCUUCAAGAAGGUCGAAGAAGGCGUGCAGGAGUUUGAGUCAAUCUACGACAAGAUCGCGAGUGCAGCAAAUCCUGCCCAGAAGGAGAAGUUGGAAGACAACCUCAAACGUGAGAUCAAGAAGCUCCAAAGGCUACGAGACCAGAUCAAAACAUGGGCGGCUAGCAAUGAUAUAAAGGACAAGGGUCCUCUGAUAGAAAAGAGAAAACUUAUCGAGACGCAAAUGGAGAAGUUUAAGGCUGUCGAGAAGGCUAUGAAGACCAAGGCAUAUUCGAAAGAAGGAUUAUCUGCCACAACAAAGCUAGAUCCGAAGGAACAAGCAAAGUCGGAUGCUUACUCGUUCUUGAGUGACAUGGUCGAAGAACUUGAACGGCAAAUCGAGACCCUGGAGACGGAGCAAGUACAGCUGAACUCUUCGAUGAAGAAAGGCAAAAGCCAGUCUAAGGUCUCGGAUCGUGUGGCAGAAAUCGAUCGUAUAACAGAACGUCAUAAGUGGCAUCAGAAUAGGCUCGAGCUUAUCAAACGUUCCUUGGAAAAUGGCGUGCUGGAAACAGAACAAGUCAACGAAAUGGAGGACUCAAUCAAGUUCUAUGUUGCCGAAGGGCAGAACGACAACUACGAAGGAGAAGAUGAGACUCUUUAUGAUGAUCUAAAUCUACAAGAAGAGGAAGACAACUACGGCAUGAACAAUGACGACCGAGUGUCGUCACAAGAUACGCAGUCGAUACAAGACGAUGCUCCAGAAUUGGAGUCUAGGUCGAAUAGCAUACCUAGCAAGGGAAAAGCUGCUCCAGAACCUCCAAUAGCAGCAUUACGGAGACCUUCGACACAACUCAAGAGUCCUCUGCCAGGAUUAGCAACUCUCCAUACGGCGUCAACUGGUAAUACGAAUGGGUCUGGGAACCAAAUGAAACCUGCGGCCGUGCCAACUCGUGCACCUGGGGAAACAUUGAAGUAUGCCUCCGCAGCGGCCGCAGCUGCUGCGAGCGACAAGUUAGGCAUUGCUCCAUUGCCUCCACCUCCUGAAGCACUACCGCCCGCUGCCACAUCACUGACCCAUCCGCCUUUACCAUCACAAGCUGCUACUGCUUCGCCUACAAUCUUGAACUCACAACCCACCAGUCUCAGCCAAACACCUGUGACAAGAUCUAGUAUUCCUGCUUCAGUGCCGGUAUCAGAUACGCCGUCAAGUUCGCAAACUAAAUCACCAGCUUUGAGUCAAUCAAGUACAGCUCCCAGUGGCACUGGUGUCUCGCAGUCUCAGAACGCUGAGCGACCAGACAGCACUCGUCCUGCGACAUCUCGAGCAUCAUCUGGUAAGGCUCCAGCGGUUACUGCUCCACAUACUAAUGGUAUUACAAACGGGGUCAAGCCUGCACCUGUCGAGGAUCCAGAUGAGUCAAUAUAUCACCUCCCAUCAGGCCUGCAAGAUCUCCUCCAGUCUUUCGAGGCCACUCAACGUCGCGUUACUAGUCCACCGUCUCAGUCCACGCAAAGAAUGCUUUCAGCAUCUAUUACGACCUCCCCAGAUGCGCUAGAUGCAUUAGCGCCGAGGAAUUACAAGCCAAAGCAUCCCGUCAGGACAGCGCCGUACUACCCUCAAGAACUGGAUCCAGUCUUUGAUGAUCCACGAUUGUACUCCCGUAUUGACCCGGAUACGUUGUUCUAUGUCUUCUACUACAAGCAAGAGACAUAUCAGCAAUAUCUCGCAGCAAAAGCCUUGAAGGAUCAGAGUUGGAGAUUUCACAAGCAGUAUCAGACUUGGUUCCAAAGACAUGAGGAGCCCAAGACUAUCACCGAGGAGUUUGAACAAGGGACUUAUCGGUUUUUCGAUUAUGAAUCGACAUGGAUGAACCGGAGGAAAGCAGACUUCAAGUUUGCGUACAAGUUCCUCGAAGACGAUGUAUGA